AUGUCCCAAGAAACACAGGCAGAAAGCUUAGCGCAGGCGCAGACUCGCGCCAUAUACGAUCCUGUUGAACAGGAAAACAUAGACGAGCUGCAUAAGCUCCUGAGCUAUCUCCCUGGUCGGAUAUUCAUGCUCAACACAAUGUUCGACCACAUGGCAGCACUCCUCGCACUGGUAGACUUUGAAACCACCGACAACAAGGCAUCAUAUACACGCUCAACCGAGGAAGCAAUGGCUGAGUACCAGGAACGAUUCAAAGGAUUCACGGUAAAUGACUUUGAGGCAUUGCCGAAACAAUUACGAUCGGCGCUGCGGAGCGCACUAAUGCAAAGAGGCAUUUACAUGGGAAAACACAACGCCAAUCAUGCAGAGGCACUCGCUAACCUCAUAUCACUGCGUAACCCACCCAUAUGGAAUGCUGCUAAAUUAGAGGCAUCACAGGCGCCAGCACAACAACAUUGGGCGAUCUUUAACCCACAGACGCCGAUGCACACGGUUGCACCCACAGGGCAGGCCCCAAUGCAGAGUACCACGCCUUGGGCCCCACCCCCUUCCAACCUGCAAUACGUGUCACCUACUCCACAGCCAAGACAAGCAUUGCUCCCUGCCUUCAACCAACCAUCGUCGAUCCCUAACGUUUCGCCACCAACCCAACAGUCAAAACCCACUCCCCGACCCCCCAACCAACCACCGCUCCCAGCACACUUUCCCUCCCCCCCUCCCCAUGCACCUAACCCUAGCCCGCCACCACAAGGACAACAAGGGUACAACCCAGGGUACAACCCCGGAUAUGGAACUGGCCAGGCACAGCCCCCUCCCCCAAUUGCGGGAAAUGCGUCUGGACCCCCUGGACCGCCACCGGGUGGUCCAUAUAUGACGUCGGCGGUUCCACCAAACGUCGGACCAAGCGGAGGAAACCAACCUACCAGAGGUUACGGUUUCUCCUCCUAG